CACUAUCUUUCUCUCUCUCAUCAUGUUUGUGAUGUAGCUUGUAUGUUACAUACGUGUUGUUUUGUGGAGACUGAUGAUGUGAUGAUGAUGCGUCCACAGUCUGCUACCCAGCAUCAUCAGCAUCAUCAUGAAUGCUUCCAUCCUAUUGGCUGUCCUGAUGGGGACCUGCGCUCUGCUGUCAGCCUCCACAGCCAUCCCUCCAGGAGAGACUUGCCGGGGUCGUUGUGGUGAAUCUUUCAGACGAGGACAAGCGUGUGAGUGCGACCCAAACUGUACAAGCUUUGGAACCUGUUGCUACGACUACCAGAACCACUGUGCCCCUCCCAGAUCAGACAGGAAGUCGACAUCAGACAGGAAGUCCGAAGAGGAGAGGUGGAGCAGCAAGCCUCUCAACAGUGAGAGUGAGGAGGCCAGCCCAGACUCCAGCUCCCCCCUGUCUCCGUACCGGACUGUUCCCCGCCUCGAGGACCCUGGACUGUUCGCCCCCUACAAGGAGUCUCCCCUGACCGCUGACCUCUCCCCACUGACCCCUGACCUCCACCCCUUGAUGGACGGCUCCAGUGGCCCCGCAUCCUCAGCCCCCUCCACCAAUCCCGGCUCAGUGAUGAAAGGUCUCCCCACAGCUCCUGACGCCCCCCUGCCCAGCCAGGGAGGCCCCUCAGUGGGUAACAUCGGCCCUCAGAACCCCUCCUCCCCUCGAGGUCCUCUGAACAUACAGAUCACCCUUUCCUCCCCCCAGGCCCCCGGUUCCCCCGGCUCAAAACCAGCACCUGGCACCCUGAAGCAGUUAGCCCAGGCUCUCGCUGGUUCCUCCGGGUCCGAACUAGCACCUGGCACCCUGGAACAGCUAGCCCAAGCUCUGUCUGAUUCCUCCGGGUCCGAACUAGCACCCAGCACCCUGGAACAGCUAGCCCAGGCUCUCGCUGGUUCCAAAUUAGCACCCAGCAUCCUGGAACAGCUAGCCCAAGCCCUGGCUGGUUCCCCUGGGUCCGAAGUAGCGCCAAGCACCCUUGAACAGCUAGCCCAGGCUCUUGCCGGUUCAAAACCAGCACCUGGCACCCUUGAACAGCUAGCCCAGGCUCUCGCUGGUUCCAAAUUAGCACCCAGCAUCCUGGAACAGCUAGCCCAGGCUCUCGCUGGUUCUUCUGGGUCCAAACCAGAACCUGGCAACCUGGAACAGCUGGCCCAAGCUCUGGCUGGUUCCAAACCAGCACCCGGCACCCUUGAACAGCUAGCCCAGGCUCUCGCUGGUUCUUCUGGGUCCAAACCAGAACCUGGCACCCUGGAACAGCUGGCCCAAGCUCUGGCUGGUUCCAAACCAGCACCCGGCACCCUUGAACAGCUAGCCCAGGCUCUCGCUGGUUCUUCUGGGUCGAAACCAGAACCUGGCACCCUGGAACAGCUGGCCCAAGCUCUGGCUGGUUCCAAACCAGCACCCGGCACCCUUGAACAGCUAGCCCAGGCUCUCGCUGGUUCUUCUGGGUCGAAACCAGAACCUGGCACCCUGGAACAGCUGGCCCAAGCUCUGGCUGGUUCCAAACCAGCACCCGGCACCCUUGAACAGCUAGCCCAGGCUCUCGCUGGUUCUUCUGGGUCCAAACCAGAACCUGGCACCCUGGAACAGCUGGCCCAAGCUCUGGCUGGUUCCAAACCAGCACCCGGCACCCUUGAACAGCUAGCCCAGGCUCUUGGAGGGGCAGACUCCCAGGCUAGUGGACCUGGUAAGGGAUCAGAAAACAGUGAGAGGUGGUUCUGCCUGCUGCACACCUGGACGCAGUCUGGGGUGUGGUCAAGUACAGACAGACACAGCUGGCAACAUCCUAACGUGUGUGUGUGUUUUCCAGCUGCCAGCAGUCUUCCAGACCUGUGCAGUGAUCAGCCAAUCAACGGCCUCACUGUCCUCAAAAACGGUUCCAUCCUGGUUUUCAAGGGUGAGUUCUUCUGGCAGGUGGACCCCAGCACCAGAAAGGCGGGUCCAGCUCACAGCAUCUCUGACCACCUGGGGCUUCCUUCCCCCAUCGACACUGUGUUCACUCGCUGCAACUGCAAGAGCAAGUCCUACGUCAUCAAGGGGGAUCAGUACUGGAGGCUGGAUGAUGGGGUGGUCGAGCCAGGCUACCCCCAGCCUCUGUCCUCAGGCUUCUCAGGUCUGACAGGCAGCAUCACAGCUGCCCUGCCCGUCCCAGCCACCAGGAGGAGACCAGAGGCCGUCUACUUCUUCAAGAAGGGGGGUAAAAUGCAGAAGUUCUCCUUCCCCACAGGAAGUUCCUCCUGCAACAGGAAGUCCCUUGCCAGGGGCCGCACCACCCGGCAGGCGGAGGGUCGCCUUGGUCUGGAGAUCAACAUCCAGGUGUCUCUGAAGGGACUUCCUGCCCCCGUGACCUCUGCCCUCAGUCUGCCCAACCCCAGGAAGCCCGACGGAUACGACUACUUCCUCUUCGCUGGGCGUGAGCACAAUGACAGCUUCCUGUCUCCUGAUGACUUCCUGUCUCUUUCUGAAACGUUAGCUACCAAUUUGAGACCGAUUUUUUUAAACAAAUGUCAAUGCCUCGUCUCUCCCCCCCUCUCCCUCAGCUCUGUUCUUCAACAUCAAGAUCUCAGGUGACCUCCUGUCUCUGGUGAAGCCUCCCAGCAGGGGUGUUGCCGGGGAAACCCGUCAGAACCAGAACUCCGUAUCCAGUUGGCUGAAAUGUCCCUAGAG